CCGCGGUGACCGCGGUGUGCACGGAUCUUCCGUUUCGAAAGAGUUGUGAAAAGGUUAUCCGGAGGCGCGACAACGAUGCUGGCACGUCGACUUCUGUGCAGGAGGCAAUUGUGGCAUGCCUCGUGCGUCUGCACGCCGGUCCGGCACACGCAGAGCCAGCACGUCGGCCAGCAUGCCCUGGACACGAUUAACCUCGAAACGCGGCUGCCGGCCCCGCUCAAGAAGGAGCCGCAACGCAAGCCGUUCGCCAAGAAUCUGUUCCUCGCCGCGUUCGAUCACGAGUUCCUGUACUACCCGGAGCCGCAGACCAAGGACAGGCAUACGCGUUUCUUCGAGUGGGUCCAGCCGAUCGAGAAGUACAUGUCGGAGUGUCUGGACGAUCCGGAGGGCGUCCGGCGGGAGGACAUUCUGUCUCACCUGCGUGAACUGGGCGUCUUUCGGGCGUGCGUGGACGAGCAGUAUCUCGGCCUGGGCCUGAACCACUCGGAGUCGGCCAAGCUGGUGGAGGUGCUCAGCUUAUUCCCCUGGCUGGGGUGCUACAUUGUCAAGAAUCACAUCGUGCCCGUCCAGAUCAUCUCCACGCUGGGCUCGGCCGAGCAGAAGGCCAAGUACCUGCCGAGGAUAGCGACCGGCGAGCUCGUUCCCACGGUGUGCUUCACCGAGCCCGGAAGCGGAGUGAACAUGCACAACCUCAGCAGCACGGCCGUCCAGUCGGACUGCAGCACGUACUGGACGCUGAACGGCGAGAAGGCGUUCGUGGUCAACGGGCACGACGCCAAUCUGUUCGUCGUCCUGACCCACACCGGCCAUCCCCACGCGAUCGCCAAGACGCAGAGCUCUCUGUGCGUGUUUCUGGUGGAGCGCGACUUCGGCGGCGUCACGAGCGAGGUCAAGAGUCUGGUCGGGCUGCGAGACAGUCCGGUCAGCACGGUUAUUUUUCAGGACACCAAAGUACCGUGGGAGAACCUCUUGGGUGACGCGAAGUCCGGAAUGAGUAUACUGAUAGACGUGCUCGCUCCCGGGAAUAGAAACCUCGCCCCGCAGGCGGUCGGCGCGUUGAAGGCUUUCACGAGGGUACUGACGAGGCACGUGUUGCAGAGGAAGCAUCUGGAUCAAAACAUGCACGAGUGCGAGAGCGUUCAGGAGGUGAUCGGUAAGAUGGCGAGUUCCCUGUACGGCAUGGAGAGCAUGCUGUACUACACCGCCGGCAUGAUGGACACGUUCGAGAAUCAGGAUUGCGCGCUCGAGAAGGCCAUGGCGGAGGCGUACUGCACCAGCGAGUGCGUCGCGCACAUUUACGAGGGGCUGCAGCUCAUCGGGGCGCAGAGUUACCUGAGGGACAGUCCGUAUAUACAAACCCUGGAAGACGCGCUGUCGUACACCCUGUUCGACGGCAGCAGCUUCGACUCGAACACGUACAUAGCUCUACUUGGCCUGCAGCACACGGGCAAGAAUCUGCGCGAUCACAUAUUCAAGCUGCGGAAUCCCUUCAAUUUUCCCGAGUACAUAUUCAAGUGGAUGAUGGGCAACGACUAUCGACUGUCGCUUAAACUCGCCGAGCACGUGCACCCGUCCUUGGCAACAGGUAGCACACAACUGGAGAAGUGCAUCACCAGGCUCAAGACCGUCUCGGUGCUGUUGCUGGAACGCCACUCCAGGAAUGUGCCUGAGCGGCAAAUGGAGCUGCGUCGACUCGGCGAAAUGGCGACGAGAACGUUCGCGCUGACCACCGUUCUCUCGCGCGCCUCCCGGGCGUACUGCAUCGGCAUGAGGAACCACGAUCACGAUCGGCAUCUGGCCGACAGCUUCGCGAUUCUCUGCAUAGACAGGGUGCAGGUUCUCGCCGACGAGAUCGCGGCAGGGGAGUGGAACAACGGCGACAAGUUCAACAAGACCGUCGCCGAAGUUAUGUACAGCAAAAAGGAUUAUUUCGCCGAACAUCCGUUGAAUAGAACCUACUAAACUAAAUUCGACGGAUUCGGUUGAACUUUAUACGUGUGCGUAUACAAUAGACAGAAGAGACAUGAAAAGAGUUGCUCUUGAAACACAUUUGCUUAAUUUGACCAAUGUAUUUAAAUCGCGUAAGCAACCUCGAUAUGUAGCUGGUCUCACGUUUCGAAUCUGUAUCUCACCUGUAAAUUAUUUCUAAACUAUUUUUUUUUUUUUUAAUGUACAAUUAAGGUAGUCGUUGUAAGUAAACUGUAAAAAUGUAUAAUAUAUCUGAAUUAACUCCGAGAA